CGAGCCAAUCUACAAAAAUUACAUAUUUUUCCGGAUACUCUUCAAAAUAAUCUCAUCCAUCAAGAAUAUUAUCAAAAUGAGGAAAAUUGUUAUUAUCUGCCGGUAGCCGAUAGUUUAACCGGAACCUUGGAUUUAUCCUCACUUCCUCGUUUGCGAAAGUUAACAAUCAACCAGCAAUUUAUUAAUCGUUUGAUUUUGACUGGCUGCCAACAGUUAAGAGAACUAGAUGCUGACGGCAACUUACUAAGAAAGGUAAUUUUGCCACUCCGAGCCCAUCGCUUAAAAAGUAUUCGUCUAAACGACAAUAAUUUCUGGGCUCGAGAUUUAAACUUAAAAUUGGAAGAAUUAGAUAUUAAUGCUACUGAUAUUAAUGGGGGUUUAGAAUAUUUAAAUACUGAAAAAUUAUUCGGUUUUACUUUUGGCAAUUGCGGUCGGACAGGGGCCAGAGUGGAUGAAUUGAAAGAUGCUUUGGCUGAUUUUCUCGAAUUACAAGAAGGUAAAGUGGAAGAUAUUCG